AUGGUUCAACACUCUGCACGUGAUGAAAAGGAAAAGAGUGCUCCAGAGCAGCUGAUCGAGAAGGUCCCACAUAGCUCCCUCUCCCUACCUGCUUGCAUGGAUACUGACGUACUUCUGGUCAAAAAUAAUGGCAAUGAUCUAGCGGAUAGUGCUCAAGUAACAUCUGCACAGUCUUGUGACAGUGAGUCACCCAAGAAGGUCGGUGGCUUUCCAGAAUGUGACGCAGUCGCAGGGGAACAAUCUGGCAAAACCAGCGAGGAAGAGCACACUGCCAAGGACUCUGAAGCUAACAUAAGCAGUGAACCUAUCGAGUCUUACGACGCUGUGCCUGAUGACAAGAGCAGUUCUUUGCGAACCCAUGAGGAGCUACCUACAACCAGUGCCAACAUUGAGCUCGAACCAGUUGUUGGUGCCAAGCCUGCAGAAGUCACAAUGGAACUUAUUCAAGAAAGUCGGCAUGAAAUUAAUGCAGUAAAUGACGGCCAGGAAGAGCCUAAGGACAACUGCACUGCUCAUAUAGACACGGUUUCGUCUUCGGCUACGGAAACAUAUAGCCUUCCUACAUGUGAUGACAAUGUGUCAAGCGGGAAUCCCACGGUUCAAAUCGCUGAAUGUGCAACUUUUUGUGUCUGUUCUAUAGAAGCAGGCUCGUCAACACAGUCAUGUAGGUCUGAAAUUGGACCCGCUUCGGAACAACUGAACCCUGAUUCGCUGUAA